CAGGUGGCUCUAAGAAUACGGCCAUUAAAUGAAGAUGAGAUUCUACAAGGUGCCAGUCCCAUUGCUUAUAAAGUUGAAGAUAAUAUGGUUGUGUUAUUAGAUCCAACAGAAGACCAUGAUGAUAUUCUCCGAGCCAACAGAUCAAGAGAAAAACAAUUUGUAUUUGAUCGAACAUUUGAUGGGUCAGCUAAUCAGGAGGAUGUUUAUGAAGCCACAACUAAAUUUUUAAUCCCCAAUGUUAUAACUGGCUAUAAUGCUACAGUGUUUGCUUAUGGAGCUACAGGUGCUGGUAAAACCCAUACUAUGGUUGGGAAAGACGAUUCUCCAGGAAUCAUGGUCCGAGCUCUCAAUGAUUUAUUCCUGGAAAUGGAUAAGACUAGUGAUGAUAUGGCAUAUAAAGUCACCAUGUCUUAUUUAGAGAUUUAUAAUGAAAUGAUAAGAGACCUGUUAAGUCCUGCGUCUGGUAUAUUGGAUCUACGAGAGAAUUCUAAGGGUGAUGUUACUGUAGCUGGUUUAUCAGAAGUGUCAGCUAGAUCUACUGAUGAGGUGAUGCAAAUGUUACUGAAAGGUAACCGAGAGAGAACACAAGAACCGACAGCAGCCAAUCAGGCCUCCUCUAGAUCACAUGCUGUGUUACAAGUUACCGUCAAACAACGAAACCGGGUAAAGAACACAAUGCAGGAAGUGAGAACCGGGAAACUGUUUCUGAUAGAUUUAGCCGGAUCUGAACGAGCAGCCAAUACACACAAUAGGGGUAAACGUAUGGUAGAGGGAGCUCAUAUCAACAGAUCUCUUUUAGCGUUAGGCAACUGUAUUAACGCUCUCAGUGAGAAGAAUGGAAGUCGUUAUAUUAAUUACCGUGAUAGUAAAUUAACGAGGUUAUUAAAGGAUGCUCUGGGUGGUAAUUGUAAAACUGUUAUGAUUGCUCACAUUAGUCCAGCCAGUUUAAACUUUGAAGAAUCUCGCAAUACACUAGUCUAUGCUGAUAGAGCUAAACACAUCAAAACUAAGGUGAGAAGAAAUGUAACAGAUGUAGCCUAUCAUAUAGCUCAAUAUACCAACAUUAUAACGGAGUUGCGUGAAGAGAUACUACGACUUCGGGACAGACUUCAUGACCAGGGAACAGCUAGCAGACAACAUGCUGUAGCCAAUAUACAGGCUGUACAAUCUGAAGUGUUGAUGGCUAAGAACACGGCAGAUAGAAGUGAGAUGAAUAAAUUACGAGAACAAUUAUUAACUUGUUUUAAAGAUCAGAUGGAAUUAAGACGAAGUUUAAUGGAAGUACAGAAUAAUUCGAUGGAAGUGAGUCUUGAAACCAACAGGAAUCAACUCAUUGUCAGCGAAUGGGAUGUAGAAAAAGCUAGACUACAACAAAAGAGAGAAAAUACACAGACAACAGAUAAUAAAUUUGAAGAAGAAGUGGGAGGUUUUGACGACAUCACUGAACCUGAAGAUGUUCGAGUUGCUAGGGAAGAGAUGAAAGUUUUACACGAGGAGAAAUACCGAACAGAGAAAGUUAGAAUAACUAUUCAACAUGAAUUAGAGAAUGCCAAAGAUAAACAGAAAAAACUAGAAGAGUUUAUACCUAUAAAAGUAAGCAGUGCUGAUCAACAAGAGAUCAUUAGACAGAUGUGUAAAGUUCACGAACUAGAGAUAGAGAAUCUACAGAAUAUUGCCUCAUGUCUGAUGAGAGAUUUUGAAAUCAAGAAAAAAGAUAUGGUAAUAACGAGGUUCAGACAUCAUCGUAAUUUAUGUGAUGAGAUUAUUAAACAACAGAGAGAUCUGAUAGAUGGUAAUCACGUGCCCUGUCCUAAAGAUCUAGAUGAAUUAUAUGAACUGUAUAAAAUAGAAAGACAAGAUAAAAUAUUGAAAGGUGAAGAUUCUACUGGACAAACUCCAGCAUUAAAGGUAAGACUUUAG